CCGAGCUAGUUCGCGUUUUCGAUCUCAUUGCGCAGCUCGAAUGGUUUCCGGUUGGCGUUUUGCUCUCGCUUUCGUAAUAUGUAGAAUAGAUGGAGUUUAAUCUAAACGUAAAUAAUUACUUUCUUUUAAACAUAAAAUAAAUUAAUAUUGCAUAUUUUUAGCAGUUUAACCUAGUUUGACACAACGAAUUAAUUUACGACUUCUUCAAGUUCUUGUCACUUUACGGCAUUGUUUACAUUGACACCAGACGACUGUCAGACAGGCCGUCGAUCUUCGACUCGAAGAUGGUUAACAGAACGAAAAAAGGAAGGUUUUUAAAACCGACACAGGUUGCACGUUAUAAUCAGCAAUUGAAAAAUUUACACAAAUCAAGUGAAGAAUGUGACCAGCUCGUAAAUCUUGAUACUUUCGUGCCUUUAUUUGAUACUAAAUCUACUCCUGCUGCGGGCAGCACUUUAGAUGAUCAUUCGUAUAUACAGUCAACAGGUUCUUUUGAUGAAAUUAAUGAAGCAUUUUUUAGUGGAAAAUUAAGAGCUUUAGACUUUACAAGACAUGUGGUAGAUCUGCAAGCAUUGUUCAACAACAUGAAAUGCGUGGAUUGCGCAAAUGUGUCAUUGAAGUUCAAGGAUGCUGUGGGAGUUUUACCAGCUGGUAUUUGUGAGCACUUGGUGAUAAGGUGCUACAACUGUCUUCGGUUUGUACAAGUUGCCAUGGGAAAAACACAUUCAUCACCACAUGGUCAACAGAUAUUUGAUGUAAACACCAAAUUAGCAACUGGCAUGUACCAUAGUGGAAUUGGUCCAGUCCAACUUAACAACCUUUUCACAUCAAUGAACUUGCCAAGCAUCAGUGAGAGCCUGAUAAGAAGAAGAUGUGAUGAAGUAGGGCAUGUGCUGGAAGACUUGGCCGAGGAAUCUACCAGUAAAGCUCUAUGUGAAGAGGGGCAUUUAUCAGCCACAAACAGUAUUAAGUCCACUGGAAUAACAGCUUCUGCAGAUGGUGCUUACCAGAGAAGAGGAUCAGGAAGAUGUUACAAUAGUCUGUCAGGCACUGCAACUCUAAUUGGUAAAAGGACUGGCAAAAUUGUGGGUUUCUCUGCUAGAUACAAAAGAUGCAGAAAAUGUGAUGUGGCGAAGGCGAAGCACAGAACCCCCAACAAGCAUGCAUGUAAGAAAAAUUGGACUGGCACCGCGAAAUCUUUGGAACCUGACAUGAUUGUAGAAAUACUUAAGGAAGUCAAAGACAAGAAUAAUCCUGUUGUUACACUGAUUGGAGAUGACGAUUGCACAGCUUUCAACAGAGCAAGGUGUGAAGUUAGUUCUUGCAUUGAAAAGUUAAGUGACAAAAAUCAUGUGAAAAAGAAUAUUUCCAACAAACUCUAUAAAUUAAAAUCAAAACACAAAGAGCUUUCUGUUAAAACGAUUACGGCCAUAAUGAAGAGUUUCAGCUACAUGCUAGCACAGUGCAAGGAAGACACGGACAAAAUAGAAAAAUCUAUAGACUCUGUUGUUCUUCACCAGUUUGGUGACCAUGUAAAAUGUGGCGAAUGGUGUAACAUGAAGGAAAACCCAACUGCUAGACACAAGAAUCUUCCAUGGGGAGCAGAUCUACAGAAUGAAAAACUGAAAACUGAUUUAUUGACUUUGUUCAGAGAUCUUGAUCCCAGCAAGCUAAGCAGACUAGACUCUAGCAACUGCAAUGAAAGCUUUAACAAUACAUUAAGAUCUAAGGCUCCAAAAGACAAGCACUACAGUGAGAGUGGAAGCUUGGCAUAUAGACUUUCUGCAGCUGUUUGCCAAAAGAAUGAAGGCUAUAGCUAUGUAGCAAAGGUUCAUGAGAAGCUUGGACUUAGUCCUGGGACAGCAACAACCUCGCUAGCCUCCAUCAGAGACAGAGAUGUUCAUAGCAAAAGAGAAGUUUCAAAAACAAAAGAAUUCAAGUUGCAACGUCAAAAACUAAAGAGUGAAAGGAGUGGAGAAACUAGGAGCCAAGAAGUCAGAGAGGGUGACAGCUACUCAUCAAACCUUUUAGGAGACACACCUGACCCAGAUAUGGAAGUAAUUCCUGGACCAUCAGAUGUUUGUAACGCCAAAACAAUUGUAUACUAUGAUCUGGAGACAACAGGAUUGAGUAGAGAAAGCUCUAUUAUUCAAAUUUCGGCAGUCUGUGAAGACCAAAAAUUCAACAAAUAUGUCACACCAAGCCAGGACAUUUCAGAAGAGGCCAGUAGAGUGACUGGAAUGAAGUUUGAUGCCUCAAACAAUGAGCUGCUCCAUAACAAUGUAGCUGUGUCACACAAUCAUCCACUACAAGUUCUUUUGGACUUUAUUCAGUUUGUUAUGUUACUAGGGAAAAGCUGUGUAUUAGUGGCACACAAUAACAAAUGUUUUGAUUCUAUUGUACUGUAUAAUCAGCUGAAAUAUUAUAAAAUAUGGAACCACUUUUGUAAAUAUGUAGUGGGGUUUUGUGAUACCUUGCCUUUUUUUAAAGUUGUGUAUCCUGGUUUUGAUUGUUAUAAGCAAGAAUAUCUUGCUCAAAAAGUGUUGAAUGAGUCUUAUUCAGCUCAUAAUUCAUUAGCUGAUUCUGAAAUGCUUCAGACCCUUGUGAAAAGUAGUGGGAAAGUUGAUGUUUUACUCGCUGAUUUUUUUUAUAGUACAGUUCAAGUGACUAGUCAUGGUGUUCAACCAUCUGUAGAAUCCAUAGAGUAUUUACAGAAGCAAAAUGUCAUUUCAAAAGCAACUUUGAAAAAGAUCAAAUGUUCGUCACUAUCAUACAACCAUUUGAAACUUGCAUUUGAAAGAAAAGGUUUUGAUGGUGUGUUUUUCUUGUUUAGUGAAAAGACAAGUGAUGGUAAAGCUAGAGUAAGCAGCAAUUAUAAAGUUGCAAAGAAGGUUGCUGAAUUUUUUUCAAGUUUGCAAUAAAUAUAUAUCAUCAUGUUGUAUUUGUUAAAACAUUUUGUGUUAUUACAUUUUAUGGAUAUCAAUCUUGUAAUAUGUCUGCAUGUGUAUUACAUUAAUUAAACUGUUGUCACUGUUAUAUCAUCUCAAUUCUGCCUUACUAACAUGUUGUGUUUCAAUGCAAUCCAACCACACUAUAAAUAAAAAUUUUCAAAUGAUUC